AUGAAGCCUCUGAAUGUCUUGAUGGUUGGUACAGGCGAGUACACCACCGGCUUUGUCGGCGGUGGUGCCUCGAGUUCAGACAAAAAGAUUGGAGUUGUAGGGCUCUGCAUGUUUGAUCUUAGGCGGCGAGGCAAAGUGGGAAAACUGGGCAUGGUGGGUGUCAAUGGGACGAAGUUUCCUGCCAUUAGGAAGCACCUCUAUGAGAAUAUCUCUCUCGUCUAUAACGGCAUGGACACCUCGUUCGAGUCCUGGCCUGCCGAUGACACAAUUGACCCUGAAGCAUACAAGAAGGCCAUUGACGCCCUUUCGCCUGGAGACGCUGUCACUAUCUUCACACCAGAUACGACACAUUUUCCUAUUGCCCUCUACGCUAUCGAGCGCGGCAUCCACGUCAUGAUAACCAAGCCAGUUGUCAAAUUGCUCGAGCACCAUGUUGCCCUUAUUCAGGCCGCUGAGAAGCAUGGUGUAUUUGUUUACAUGUCACAGCCUAAGUCUCAACUCGAAACGUUCAAGGCUUGGGCCGGCGUUGAUUCCGAUAUCUCGUACUAUCUGAACAGUCACCACAUCGAUAUUUGCGACUCAAUGGUCUCUCCCUUGGGCUACGUCCCAGUUAAAGUCUCAGCUUCUGCUUCAAAAGGUGUUGCAACGAGCCUUGGAUGCAACGAAGCAACCGAGGAUACAAUCUCAUUACUUGUUCACUGGGAGAAGAAGGGAGACCCCACCAAGCACGCAACAGCAGUCUACACCGCCUCGUGGACAGCUCCUCAGAGAGCCGGAGUACAUUCGAAUCAGUAUUUCCACUAUCUCGCCAAAGGCGGUGAGAUCAAUAUCAAUCAAGCAAAACGUGGCUAUGAUGUGGCCGAGGACUCGGCAGGACAAGUCGUAUGGUACAAUCCUUUUUACAUGCGGUAUGCGCCUGAUGAGAACGGGAACUUCAACGGCCAGAGUGGAUAUGGAUAUGUCUCAAUAGAAAAGUUCGUCGAUGCAUGCCGUUCUAUCAAUGCUGGCAUCAGCAAACCUGCAGAUUACGAUAAUAAGGGUUUGCCAACACUGAAAAACACCAUUGCGACCACGGCCAUUCUUGAAGCUGGCAGGCGGAGUAUUGAUGAGAAUCGGGAGAUUCGAAUCGAAUCUGGGGACUCGUGGAAGUUGAUUUGA